AUGGUAGUACAUAUUUUGGGUAAAGCUUUUAAGGGGAAAGAAUUGAUAUCGAUCGGUUUGGCAUCAAAAUUCUACGGGAUCGGCAAUUCGACAGCACAACAACUUUGUUCAAAACUUGGAUUUUAUCCUGCAAUGAGGAUGCAUCAAUUAUCAGAAACUCAAAUUUUAACACUUGUUAGUGUGUUAUCAAAUAUGACGAUUGAGGGAGAAGCUAGAGCAAUUGUAAGAGACAACAUAGCAAUGAAGAAAAAAAUCGGCAUCUAUGAAGGUAUGAGACAUGCUUUACAUUUACCGGUGCGAGGCCAAAAUACUAGAAAUAAUGCAAAAACGGCAAGGAAAUCAAAUCAUAAUGAUAGAAGGUGA